UCGACCAAACUCGAGGAAUGGUUCAACUCGUCGGCUACACUAUAAAUUGAUCGUGUAGAACCAAUCCCUGAACCUUUUCACACUCGCACAUAGUUUCAAAUCACUCAAUUCUUCGCUUGCGCACAUCGGAUACACCACCGGAAACAUCAAAUUCAUCAUUCCAGCGGCCAUUGUAACUAAUUCUUGCAUGCAUUCUGUUUAGAUUCCAGCGUUUAAUCAAAGCCCUCUCCCAAUUUCUUGUGGCAGAGGCUUAAUUCCUUCAAAUUAGGGUUCUUAUGGAUUUGUCAUAUAACGGCUUAAUGAAAUGAAAAGACUAAAUGACAAAAAUACCCCUGAGUAACUGCAGAGCAUGGAUAGGGUUAAGUCGUUGAACCAAAAUGACAAUCGUAAAACUUUUUUGGACCCACACAGACCCCAGGGAUCAUUUUGGCAUUUUACUCCGAAGAAAUUUAUAUUGAGAAAAUGGUGUCUCAAAUACAAAUGAAAAACAAAGUUUUUGGCAACUCAGUCCAAACACCAAAGCUAAACUUAAAGUUCUAUUUCAGCCGGCUUCGUUAUGAGACUAAUUCUAAAUGGACAAAACAGUCUGUCCAUCCGUACUGAUUAGUUAACUGUUGCUAGAUAAACAACCCAACAUAUCCAACAUGGUCAAUGGUAGUAACCAUCUCCCAUUCAUGGCUGUAACCACCUCCAUGUUUCUUUCACUCAUCACCACCAUCCUCCUCCUUACACCACCUUACGCCGCUACAUUAUCGUUUCAAAAAGCAGGUUUCAGCCCGAACGACGGUGACAUAACGUAUGAAAGAGACGCAUAUCCUUCAAACAACGCCAUCCAACUCACUACCAACCAGCGUGACGUUACUGCAUUGGUUAGCAUCGGUCGAGCCACUUACUCUGAGCCCUUGCACCUCUGGGACCAUGGCUCACGCAACCUAACCGACUUCUCAACGCGGUUUACCUUCACCAUCAACUCUCUCAACAGUUCAAGGUACGGUGAUGGGCUUGCUUUCUUUCUUGCACCAAACGGCUCAACGGUUUCUAAUAACGUCACAAAUAGUGGCACACUGGGUCUCACUCGUAACGAUGAGGUGUUAAACUCUAGUACCGACCCGUUUGUUGCUGUUGAGUUCGAUGUUUUUCAGAAUGCGUGGGACCCGAAAGGCGAACAUGUCGGGAUUGAUAUAAGUUCUAUGGAUUCAGUAAGGAAUGUGACGUGGCGGAGUAGGAUCAGAGAGGGUAAAACAUACGAAGCAGUAAUAAGGUAUGAUGCUAGUUUAUAUACCCUUAGUGUUGUGGUCACAGGUUUCAGCAAGACUGAUGACACUCUGCACCAGCGGAUUUCUUACGUCGUCGAUUUGCGGGACCACUUGCCGGAGUGGGUCACGUUUGGAUUUUCGGGUGCAACCGGGAACACUGAGGUUAUACAUAGUAUAUACACCUGGGAUUUUAGUUCAAAUCUUAAUAUAGAUGAGAAUACGAUGAACCCGAACCCUGACCAGGAGACCGUGGCUAACCAGGGUCCCGGGGCUAGACCCAAACCGGAUAAAAGUAAAGCGGGGUUAGUGACUGGUUUGGUGAUCGGGUGUGUUGUGUUAACCGGUUUGGGUCUGGCAUUGUUUAUGUUGAGAAAGAACAAGAAAGAAUUUAAAACUGAAGACGACGAUUUUGUUUUGGAUAAUGAGUUUGAAAAGGGUGUCGGGGCGAAAAAGUUCUCGUACAAAGAACUGGCUCGAGCCACAGGUAACUUUGCGGAGCAAGAAAAGCUCGGUGAAGGUGGUUUUGGCGGAGUUUAUAAAGGAUUUAUAAAGGAAAUGGACUCGUAUGUUGCGGUCAAGAGGGUGUCACGUGAGUCCCACCAAGGAAUAAAGGAGUAUGCGUCCGAAGUUAAAACCAUUAGCCGAUUGCGACACCGAAACUUGGUCCAGCUCGUGGGUUGGUGCCAUGAAAAGAAAGAUCUACUGUUGGUGUAUGAGUUCAUGCUAAACGGUAGCCUCGACACACAUUUGUUUGAUGGAAAAAGCAUGUUAAAGUGGCCCGUGAGGUAUCAAAUCGCUAAAGGUUUGGCGUCUGCACUGCUUUAUUUGCAUGCCGAAUGGGAGCAAUGUGUGGUGCAUCGGGACAUCAAGUCGAGUAACGUCAUGUUGGAUUCACAUUUCAACGCAAAACUAGGGGACUUUGGGCUGGCUAGAUUUGUCGACCACGACAAGGGUUCACAAACAACCGUCUUGGCUGGAACCAUGGGUUACAUGGCUCCGGAAUGUGUCAUGACGGGCCAAGCCAGCCGAGAAACAGACGUGUACAGCUUUGGAGUUGUGGCACUAGAGAUAGCAUGUGGAAGAAAGCCGAUGGACCUCAAGGCGCCAAAAAAACAUACAAGACUGGUGGAAUGGGUUUGGGAUCUUUACGGGCAAGGGAAGGUUCUAGAAGCAGCUGACGGUAGACUCGAGGGUGAUUAUGAUGAGAAAGAAAUGGAAUGUUUGAUGGUUACCGGACUUUGGUGUGCACAUCCCGACAGCAGUUUUCGGCCUUCGGUUAGGCAAGUGAUUAACGUUCUUAAUUUACAGUCCCCGUUGCCCGGUUUACCGUUAAAGAUGCCCGUUCCAACUUACUUCACCCCGUCUUUAAACGUGCAUAUGUCUACUACAGUUUCACAAAGCAGCCUGACACAGAGCUCAAGCUAUGGCUAUAACACUGAUUCUUCAAAGUAAUUGUUUGAUUUUACUGUAAUAUUCAGUUGUAUUUUUUUCUUGUGGUUAUUUAUCAUGUUCUGUAACUAAUAGUUCUGUGAGUUCUUUUAGACUAUAUGUUAUUUUUUUUGUGGAUCUUGUAUC